CUCACCACCAAGACUGAUUUCUUUGGAAAUUUGCUUGCUGAAGAUGCCAUGUUAAAGUCAUUGCAAAGGCCACCAGUAGAUCCCGAGCUCUUCAACUCAAUGAUGAAAGCGUGCCUUUUGAAAACUGUUGAAGUUCUCCAACGCCAGUAUGCCCGUUAUUUCACUCUCAAUGUAACUGAAACACUUAGAAAAGAAACUGAAUCUGCACGCUGUCAUAAUAUAGAUGCGGAGAGUGUAAUGGGCAUGUUCAGUGCCGCAAAGGAGCAUGCCCCGAAUGCCACAUUGUGUUUUCUGUCUGCACGGAUCAAGGCGGUCAAAAAUAAUGUGGUUGACUAUCUGGAUAACCUGCAAGGAGAAAAAAAGAGAAAGGUUAUUGGGCUUGCAACAACCCUAGCCAGGAAACGGAACACAAAUAGAAGAAGGAGAACACAUGAGAUCAAGACAGAAAUUGCAAAACGAAUGAAUGAUAAACUGCAAAAAAGGAACCAAGUGAAUCGUAAGAAGUUGGAAAGGAAAAUCAAAGAUUGUAGCUUGGCCAACCUUCAUACUGAGUUUAAGGAGUUUGGAGAAGAGGUUGUGAAUUCAAUGUCUGAAAUAUUGACCGGUAGGGUGAUUGGACAUGAGAUAUGCCAUAUUUGGUAUGACAAUGACACGCAGCAAAGGACUUUGUACUACGGAAAGAUUGAGGACCUGAAGAGAGGAGAUACUUACCAAGUAGCGUAUUGGGGAGAAGGGGAGACAUACGAAGACGAUGCUGAAGACUAUGAUAUGCCAAAGUUUGCCCUAGCUGCGGACUUCCUCUGUGAAGAUCUCACCUUGUCAUAAUAAAAUCCCUUGAAACAUUUAAAGACUAAAGGGCAAUGUAUUCAACAGAUAAAUGAGAAUUGUAAAAAUGGAGGAAGGACAGAGAAUUCUAGCUCAGUUUGUGAGCGAGAAAGGAGAGGCUACUGGAGCACCUUUUGACCUUCCUCUCGAUGUAUCUACAGAAAAACUGCAAUUGAUUUGUAAUGCCAUCCUGCAACAGGAAGACACAGUGCCUUAUGCAUUUUACGUUGAUGAGAAGGAGAUCACAUCAACACUGUCGGAAAGUUUAAGUAAGGAGGAUCAGGAAACCGAACAAGUGCUAUCGAUCAUCUAUCAGCCCCAGGCUUUGUUCAAAGUGAGAGCAGUGACCCGUUGUACAAGUACCAUAGAAGGUCAUGCAGAGGCUGUGAUAUCUGUAGCAUUCAGCCCAGAUGGAAGGUAUUUGGCAAGUGGCUCCGGAGACACAACUGUGCGAUUCUGGGACGUGACAACUGAAACACCGCACCACACCUGUAAAGGACAUAAGCAUUGGGUGCUGUGUAUAGCUUGGUCUCCUGAUGGUAGGCGGCUAGCUUCAGGCUGUAAGAAUUCUCAGAUAAUAAUUUGGAAUCCGGAAACCGGUAAACAAGAAGGAAAAGUAUUGACUGGACAUAAACAGUGGAUAACAUGGUUGGCAUGGCAACCAUUUCAUGUUAAUCAUGAGUGUAGAUUACUUGCAUCAGCAUCCAAGGAUGGAAAUAUAAAAGUUUGGGAUGUUGUUCGAGGUUGUUGCUUGAGAACACUGUCUGGCCAUCUCCAGUCGGUAACAUGCAUUCGGUGGGGUGGGACUGAUCUCAUCUACUCAGCUAGUCAAGAUAGAACAGUCAAAGUAUGGAGAGCUGCUGAUGGUAUCUUGUGUAGGACGUUACAAGGUCAUGGCCAUUGGGUGAAUACAAUGGCUCUAAGUACAGACUAUGUAUUACGUACUAGCUGGUUUGAUCCUAUGCAAGCGACCAUCAAUCAUCAGCGCAUUGACCAAUCAGCUGAAGAACUAUCCAAGAUUGCCAAGGAUAGAUAUGACACAGUCAAGGGAUCUGAACCAGAGCGCCUAGUGACAGGCUCAGAUGACUUCACAUUGUUUCUAUGGCAACCAGAGAAAGAGAAAACGUCUGUUGCAAGGAUGACGGGUCACAUGCAACUCAUUAACGAUGUAGCCUUUUCUCCAGACACUCGGCUUGUGGCUAGUGCAUCAUUUGACAAGUCCAUCAAGUUAUGGAAUGGUCAUACUGGCAAGUUCAUAACAACUCUGAGAGGACAUGUCAGUAAAGUAUAUCAGGUAUCAUGGUCCUCUGACAGUCGAUUACUGUGUAGUGGUAGCUCCGACAGUACUCUGAAGGUAUGGGAUGUUGCGAGUAAAGCAAUAAAAGGUGAUCUACCUGGCCAUGCUGAUGAGGUGUAUGCUGUGGACUGGAGUCCUGAUGGACAGAGGGUCGCUAGCGGUGGAAAGGAUAAAGUCCUCAAGAUAUGGAGGAGAUAGCAUUAGCUAUACUGAACACUAAAGAAGUAAGUUCUGUGCUACAGUAGCCAUGACACCAUUAACAGGACUGAUACUGCUCUUAUCAACAAUGAAUAGGAAUAGAGCAAGUUACCAGUCUGAGGAGAGAAAGUGGAAAAAACAAAGACCAUACGCUCAACUGAAAUCUGCAGUUGUUGUUGUGACCAAGGAAGCAUGUCACUACCGAUAGGUCUGUUUUUUAAAUAGAUAUACUGGAUGAUAUCUGUAAGCAUAUCCAACUGCUCCAGUAUACUAUGUAGCCAUGAGCAGUGCAAGGGUACUUUGAUAGGAGGAAAGGGGGGGGGGGGGGUGGGGGAAGAUGACCUAUUGAGGUGAGCAAUUGCUUUUCUCAAUUGAAUAUAUUAAUAAUAUAGUUACAUGACCCACACUCUCUAUAUGAUACUCAUAUUCAUAUUAAUCCUUUUCAUAUUCAUAUUCUUCCUUUUGUUUCUUUUAUUCUCCCAUUUUUGUUUUUACUUUACUGCCAAAGCCAUGGUAAGUCAAUGUCAAAUGUUAUUUUGUUUCAACAACUUUAAACAAAAUAGGCAAAAUAAGACUAAGAAGAGGUAUAUGACAAAUGUUCUAGAUAAUCUGGUCUUAAAAUUGCUGCGACUUUAGCGAUUAUUUGACUUAUGGAAGGUCAAUUUUAGCAGAGUUACAUGUAAUUCAGAGUAUGAGCAUCAAGACCAUGUAACUAGGACCUUAGGGUAUCAGGUAUCAUUAAUGUGAACAUCUACCCAAGAUUACAAGGAGAAAUUACCUUUUUUUAUCACGAGGGCUUAUUUAUCCAUGGCAGAUAAAUGGGAUACCAUAUUAUUGUUUUAUUUAUUCCCUCACCAUAGGAUUUCAUUACCAAUUGAAAUUCUCAUGAAUUUAUGAUUGCAAGCUACCAAAUUAGAUUAACUCAAUGUUUGAUAUUCAAAACUUGAGAAAAAUAAGCAUGUUGAAUAUUGUCUGCAUUUAAAUUUUGCAUUACAAUGGCAGAUAAACAAAACAAAUAACAGACCAACAAAAUAUUUUGUAGAAGCACCUGUGUUAUGUGAAAGUGUGUAUGAUCUCCUGAAUAUGAAAUAUUACUCCAUUAAUUUCCACUCUUGUUACAUUUACAUUUUAAAAAAUGUAAAUGAAUUCUUUAAAUGAAAGUAAUAAACUUUUAUCAAUUACUGGUACUGACAAUUUGGCAAUAUUGAUUUUGUGCAGUGUAUUAGUAAAAUAAUCAAUUGCUAUUAACUUGACUGUUCCUGAGAGGAAUAUCAAAUAUGUUGCCUGUUGAGAAUCAUAUUCCCUUGAGUCUUAUAAAGAGGGCUCUUUUAAAGGGCAACAUUUUUCAUGUAUCCCGAAAGUAGAACCAGUCUUUAUUUUUAUUACAAUCCAAAUCAGACAUCUUGAAGAUUGAGAUUGAUGUAUGUGUACCCUUUAUGAAUAUAGUUCUCUUGUGUUGUGUUAAUAUCAGAUGCCAUGAACUUUACCAUUAUGAUGUGAUAUUAAAGUCACAUCCUUAGGGAUGCUUCCACUUUCGUA